AUGUACUUGGGGUCUCAAAGAAAAAAUGGAACAGUGGAAUUAGAAAUUGUAGGUGAGAUUCCAAAAACAGAAAGGUUAGAUACUGAUGUAAUUUCUCCUGUUUCAUAUGAUGAUUUAUUCGAGAUUAUACCUAACUCUAGAGGAGGAAAACAUGGUAAUGAAUUGAAGAUUGAUAUAUCUGAAGACUUAAAAUCUCAGAUGACCGAGUUACUCAGAUUUUGUGGCAUUCAUGAAUUUGAUGAAGAAGACUCCGUGCAAUUAGAAGAAAAUGGGAAGCAUACAAAAGCGAAUAAGGAUUUUAGGAGUGUUAAACCUCUUAAAGCUCACUCCAUAGGGCCUCCAUUUUUGGUAAGAUUGAUGAGAUAUAAUUUAUUGGAAAAUAAAUUUCCCAACUUUUUCGAUUUUGGGGUAAACUUAACUUUGCCUGCUUCUUUUCAAGUUUCUGAAUAUCGCUUACUGAAGACAGUUCAUCCUAGAGAUAACCCAUGGUACAAGGGUUGCAGGAAACUCAUUCUAUUAGGGAUUCCCUCAUUUUUACGCCCACAAGACUUGAAAGAAAUUAUUUUAUCUUUUGCUAAAAAGCCAGAAUGUAACUUAAAGAUGAAAGAAAGGAAUAAUGAAAACCUCAGACUAAAUUUGAAGUCUCCGUCUCAGCGAUGCUUCUCAGUUAUGGAAUUAGGCAUAAAAAACUUCACGAACUUGUUUACGACAGAAAAUAAGGAUUACUAUUUAAAUAAUUUAUAUCAGCCUUGUGGAGCUAUAGUAAAGAGCCAUAUGAACAUGGCAUUAUUAGAGUUUCAGGAAGAAGAAGAUGCUCUCGAAUUUUGGGUGGCGCUAAGUACUGGAUUGUUCCAAUGCUAUGGGAGUGUUUUAACAGCUAUUCCUGAUCCUUCUGGGAAAAGAAUUAUUGCAGAGGGAAUGCUGACAGUAUUUUCUCCAAAAAACGUUCCUCUUUUGGAGUCAGUGGAAUCUUCUGCGAAGACCAUUUUACAAAAAGAUUUUUCGAGCUUGAAUGAAGUAGAGCUCUUUUUAUCUUUUCCACUGAUUGGCUCUCCACGUUCUAUUGAUACUAUAAAAAGUGAGUUGAUUCAGGUAUUUAAAGAUAUACCUGAAUCCGAUAGCUAUGUUAUUGAAGAAACAACAAAUUGCCUAACCAUCCAUUCUAAAAUUCAAAAAGUUAUUGAAUUAAUCAAUAAUCGUCUUUUUCAACAUUGUACUUUCAAGAUGAUCUCAGAAACCGAUAAUAGGAAUUGUUUAGAUGAAAAUCUCCAAAUUGUGAAUACUGCAAUGUUCAUUUUUAGAGAAAAAGUUUGUGAACCCGUAAUCAUUCAAGGAAAUUAUGACAUUCAUCCAGUUAAACAUUGUACAAUUGAAUUUGGUGCUUCAAAUAAGAAGCGUGAAAAGAACUCAAAAGUUAGUUUUUCUUCAGCAAAUCAUAAUGAUCAGGACACAGAACCUGUUGGGUUUCUUUUUAAGAAAUUUGAAGAACUCAGAGAAGCUCUCCAACAUGGAUUAGCUCCAAUUUCUAAUAAUUCCGAAGACCAGAACAUAAAUUCUAGCCAAAAUGGCUCAAGCAAUACUAAAGGAUUGCUUAGAACUCCUUCGGAGAUGGGUAUGAUGGGUGAAUCUAAUACUCCAAGUAUAACAUCUAACACAGAAAAUAUUAUCAGCAAAAAACUUUCUGGAGUCCAAAUAAAUGGGUCUUUUAAGGAUGAACAAGAAAGUUUUGUUCAGGAGUCUCCAGAUUCACAUCCUAGACGUUCAAAUAAUAGAAAAAGAACUCUAAAAAAUUUAGAUAACGAAGAGCAGGAAUUUCCAAUCGACUCAAACUCAAACUAUAAUAAUGGUAGUGGAUUAAAUAGAGAUAACACACAGAAACCAGAAGAUAAUAAAGCUGAGAGAUUUACAAGCAAAAGGAGAACUUCUGUUGAGUUGCCAAGGAAAAGCAUUAAGAGUAGCUCAUAUAAGAGAGAAUCCUGA